AUGUCACAUGCACUCAAAGAUUGCACCAAUUUGCCACAAAAGCAGAAAGGACCCAGAGCAUCUGAAACUCAUUACAGAAAGCCAAUGUUUAAAGCAUAUCGCUUAUUAGAAUCCAAUGUAACCACAAGAGCAGUUUCUUUAUCCUCAGCGCGGGAUCUUGAAGAACACCUAGAACACAGUUCAAAAAACUUGACUUCCAAAAAGGAUUUAUUUGUUCCAGGGACGCCAAGCCCACACAUUUGCUAUACAGCUCAAUCUUCUCAGGCAAGUAUCUUAGACUCCUCAGUCAAAAAAAAUCUGAGUUUUGAGCAAACAGGAUUAGAAGAGAGCUUUUCUCUGUUAAUGACUCCAGUAUUUGGCAAAAGAUCCAGAGAAGACACACUAAUGAGUGUAGGUAAAAAGUGUAAAGAAGACACAAAAACAAUUGAUACAAUGCAGAUAGAGCUGUUAGACCCUGACUUAAUGGUAUCUGAAUAUUUCAGAUGCUAUAAAGAAGCUGAUAUAGUUUCUGAUUUAGAUAUAAGAGAAAAUGUAAUACAGAACGAGUGCGAUGAUGAUUGCCCAACAGAUGAUGCGCAAGUAGAUGAUAAUAAUAAAAUAGCAUCGAAAUAAGUCUCUUCUUGAAUUUUUCUAUUUCUAGCUAUAUUAUUAUUGGGUUCAGUUUUGAGUGGUUCUUCUCCAGUAGUCUAGGAACACUCUAGCAUAUAGGUUGGGGCGGCUGACGUUGAAUAGGAUUUUUACUGCCAACACUUGGGAGGGAAACUUUAGAUAGAACCUUCGUAGCAGUAAUAAGGCACAGAGCUAGGCAACCCAUCCUGUGAUGUCUAGUGGCCAGCAAGUGGUAUGAGCGUUAAGAUCGCUAUCUGUUGUUUCUUAUAUAAAAAUAUGGGUAAAGAAUGGCGGCGUCAAGGGCUCGAAGUUAAAAGGAUAGGUUGAAAUAAUAUCAUUGGAAACCAAACGACACGUUAAACACUAAAUAACUAACUCCCUCAUCUGUGAGUGGGCAAAAAAUUUCGCUCCUUCACGAGGGGGCUAUUUUUUAUAAUUUAAAAGUUUCUAUUUUGCAAAAUUGGAAGCUAAAAAUUAUUAAUCAAUUUGUAAAAUUAAUGUUUUAAAAAGCUAAUUGUUGAAAAUACAGGAAUAGCUAGAGAUUUUAUUACAAUAAAUAUCAUUUAUAUAUUAUAAUUUUUUUAUAAAACUUUUAUAUACCACUCAAUGAGGAUUUUUUCCAAAAAUAUAAUGUUUUGCUCACUCACAGAGAGGGUGGAAAUAAGUAAGGUGAUGCACAAAUAGAAGUUUGCAUAAGUUAUUUGGCAUCCCAGAUAGAGCAAUCAAUCUUAAGUGAGAUAUAA